CAAUGGAUCAUAAUGGCGCGAAAAGCGUUCAGCCAUUAUUGUUAUGUAAAAUUGCUUCUUUGCUUUAGAAACUUUUAUUCAAGGAAAUGCUUAACUUCAAUCGCUUUAAGUAUCGGAGUAAAGCCCCUCUAGAUUUCUUAUCAAGAAGACAGAAAGAAACUUUUCCUGCUGAUUCACAAAAAGAGGUUCGUAAUAACAGCAAAUUGUCAGAAGCAAGUGAAGUAAAUAACGAUGAUAAUUUCAAGACCAGGCCUAGGCAUAUCACCGAUUUGAAGUAUGACGGUGAAGAAUGCCAACAUGAAAUAGUUAGAGAGCACGAAGGAAAAGUUCCCGGAAAAGGUGAAUGCGAUAGAAAUGUCAGCUCGUCAUUGAAAGAGACAAGAGAAUCCGACGAAAAUACCAUGAAAAAAUUCAAAGUUUACACUAACCAGAGAGAAAAUUCAGAUAGUAUAAUUCCUUCUGGAAGUGCGAAUCAUUCUGGGACUUUAUUGGACGAGGGUCACAUUUUAAAAGGAAAAGUUUUCACCGCAGAAGAAAAACUACGGAGAAUGCUUUCGAAUGGGCCAAAGAAUUGUUCAUCUUUGGCCAAAGAUUGUUUAGCGGGUACUAAGAAAGACACCAAAGAAAACGAUGAUGAGUUUGGACGGAAAAGAAAAGAGCCCUAUAAAGACACAAGUCAAAAAAGACAAAAUCACAGUUCUUUUUUUGACACUGUGAAGGUUGAUUCCUAUAAAGUUGAGAAAAAGAGUCCUUGUUCUUAUGAGUCUUUUGUCCCUAAAGCUAAACGGAAAAGGGUUUUUUUGUUAGAAGAUAGCGAUGAGGAUAUUGAAACAAAUAAUAAACCAAGAAGUCCGAAAACUUCUAGUCUUAAAAACGUAAAAGGAAAGUUUAUUGCUGAAGAAUGUGAAGAAGAUAGCCGUAAUAUUGAGAAGCUAAGAGAAAUUUACUCACAUUUAUCCAUAUCUGAAGCCAAGGAAGCUCUAGAUCUUGCAGGUGGUUUGACAGAUGCUAUACUUAAUCUUGCAAAAACUCUGGAUAUCAAAGAAAAAGAUUCAUCUUCAAAGAAAGAAAAAGAUUCAUUAUCAAGAAAAGGUGCAGACUCACUGCAAAAGACUGAAAACAACGUUUUACUGAAAAAAGAAAAGGCAGCAAAAGCUAAUAGUCCAAAGGUGAUUGAACUGGAUGAAGAAGACAGAUCAAGUUCCAUCAAAUCUGAAGAACUGAACAUAGCAUCUCGAGAUAUUGAGGAUGAAGCAUAUGAUACUACGGAAGAAACUGAUGAAUCCAGUUGUGAAAUGACACAGCAGGAGCUUUGUGUUCUUUCAUUUUUCCAAGAUGCAUCAUUGGCUGAUAUUGGGACAGUCCCUGGUUUAUCAGAGAAGAAAGCUUCCAUGAUAAUUGAACAAAGGCCAUUUGAGGACUACAAUGACUUGAUUGCCAAACUGUCAUCACACAAAGGAAUUAGUGAGAAGGUUGUUGAAAAUGUCAUAGAUUUUAUAAAUCAGCAAGCUAUGGUUGACGAGUUGAUGCAAGAAUGUCAAAAGAUUGCAACUAGAAUUACCAGCGCAAUCAAGAAUGUGGCAAAUUUUAGAGAGGAUGGUGACACAACAGACCUUGAUUUCGAAGAUCAUGCCCUCUUUUCAAAACAGCCAGCAAUCUUGAACUCGAGUCAUCAAUUGAAGCACUACCAACUAUCCGGAUUAAACUGGCUCAUUGCAUUGCACAAGGAGGGGGUGAACGGAAUUCUGGCUGAUCAAAUGGGUCUAGGCAAGACAAUCCAAGCACUUGCUUUUAUCGGGUACCUGAUUGAGACGGGGAACUCUGGACCGCAUGUUAUUAUCGUACCAAGCUCGACCUUCGACAACUGGGUACGUGAGAUCGAAACAUGGCUACCAUCGGUCAGUUACUUACAAUACAAGGGGUCACAGGAUGAGAGACGCUCAUUGCGUGAGGAGAUCUUGUACGGGGAAGAGGAGUAUAACAUUAUAAUUUCCACAUACAACAUAGCGAUUAGCACACCAAAGGACAGGUCUUUAUUUAGAAAGCUGGAGUCUCACUACGUCAUACUGGAUGAGGGCCACAUGCUGAAGAACGUCAAGUCUAAUAGAUAUAAAUACCUCAUGGAUAUACGGGCCUCAAGGCGACUGUUAUUAACUGGGACCCCAGUGCAGAAUAAUCUUUUAGAGAUGAUGUCCUUGCUAAGUUUUCUUAUGCCUGACUUGUUUGCUGAUCGUUUGAAUGGUAUUUCCAUGCUUUUUGGAGCAAAAGCAAAAUAUCAUGGGAAAAUUAUCAACACAGCCAAGCAGAUUUUAAAGCCGUUUAUCCUAAAAAGAACAAAAGACACGGUACUGAAAGAUCUUCCAAAGAAAAUUGAAAAGCUGCUCUACUGUGAAAUGACCGAUCAUCAGAAAUCCAUGUACAAGUCAUUGAUGGCAAAAUGUAAAAAGUUAGCAGCUGACGACUAUUCCACGGCGGUUGCUGUCUUCAUGCAACUAAGAAAGGUUGCGGACCAUCCAUUACUGGAACGAAGCCUUUAUAAUGACGAAAACCUUAGAAAGAUGGCCACAGAUUACAUCAAACAAUAUGAAAAUCGAGAAUCGUGUUUCGAAUAUGUAUUAGAGGACAUGGAAGUUAUGUCAGACUUUGAGCUGCACAUUUUAUGCCGUGAAAAAUACUACCUCAACAAGCAUUGUCUACCAACCGAGGCAAUUCUGAACUCAGGGAAAUUCAAGCAGCUAGAUGAACUACUUCCGCAAAUGAAAUCAAAGGAUAGUCGUGUAUUGAUAUUCAGCCAGUUUACCAUGCUGCUUGACAUUCUGGAGACGUAUUUGAAACAUCAGAAUCACAGAUACUUACGUCUUGAUGGGCAAACACCGGUAUCGUCAAGGCAGUCUUUAAUCGAUGAAUACAACAGUAACAGAGAAAUAUUUGUUUUUCUCCUCUCAACUCGUGCUGGUGGACUGGGUAUAAAUCUGACGUCAGCAGAUACAGUCAUAAUGCAUGACAUCGACUUCAAUCCGGCAAUAGACAAACAAGCUGAAGACAGGUGUCAUAGAGUUGGACAGACAAGAGAUGUCACCAUAUACAAGUUGAUUUCAAAAGACACAAUUGAAGAGGCAAUGCUUGAAUGUGCUAACAGAAAAUUGAAACUGGGAAAGGUCGCUGAGAAUCUGGAAGUUGAUGAUUCAACCUCUGCAGAUGUCAUCAAGUACUUAAUGGCAAAUAUUUCGUGCUGAAAACCUGAAGUUAUAAUCGAUUACAAUUGUACCGACUUGCAAUUUUCAAGAGGUUUGUCGGCAAUGCUAUUUCAAAUUUUGUUUCAAGCAAACAAGGAGUUUGCUUUUGACAUGUCUCUCAUUCCGAAGUUAUUGCAGUGUACAUGUGAAAGCCGUUUUCAAGAAUUCAUGAUUUCUCUCACUACUUGAAUACCCUAUUAACUUUCAUGAAAAUAUGCCUUCUAAGCAAUUUCUUACAAAGUUUUGUUUAUCGCAGAAGUUUUUGUUGACUUUUGUUGUUUUUAAUUGUAGUUUUUAAAGUCGAACUUCAAUCGCUGUGUAAAUUUCUAUGCGCUACCCCCCCCCCCCCUCAUAAAUGUAUCUUCCUUAAAGAUUUGCAAAUUAUAAUACUGCUAUUUUAAAGUGAAUUUUCAGGUGUAUUUAAAAAAGUUACCAAAUGUAAUGGCUAAUGUUAUUGCUAUAAACCAAAAAAAUUACGUAAGAGUUUUAUUUAAUGUUUCGUUAGAUUUUAAAGACUCAAAAACAAUUUUCUAUGUAUUCAAAUGCUUAUAGUAUCUUAGAGGGUCAAAAAAAUAAAGCCUAAAAGCCGAGUUAUGCAACGAAACAAUAUUCAACAAGAAUUAUAAUAUGCCUUGAUUAAGUCUUGUUAGUAUUCCAAUGAAGAAUUUUCUCAAGAGUAAUCCUUUCACGUCGUCAUCUUUUUAUUUGAAUAUUCAUGUUCAAGUGAAUUAAUUCAAACUUGUUUGAUUUUAUUCCUGGCUUAGAGAAUAUUCAGGCAAUAGAAAUGUGGGUUCAAGGAUUUGCAAAGUACGAGUGUGCUCUUUUCCUGGUGUGUAAACACGGGAAUUAAUAUGAAUACCAGCGAAUAUUCUUCAGAUCUUUUAAGAAUAUUUUUACAGGAAAGAAUUACAGAAAGAGUAGCCCUAAGUGGCCAAAGUAGCUUCAGUUCGUCCCAGUUGUUGUUUUAAGGUCUUUGUCACCUCGAAGAAGGAUUAACUGUUGCACACAUUGCUGUUGUUUUCUCUGUUUAACAACAUGAAUGUAGUUUCUUCAACAUAUUAUUCUUUAAUUAUUUUUGCAUGUUAAAACUGAAAUGAUAUUCCAAAGACUAUAAAUACUACUUUAUUGACUAGAAUAUUAAAAGAAGUGGAAACGAUUGCUCUUUCAAAAAUUCUUCAUCGAACACAAGAUUAAAGCAAAGAAUAUUAUCAUUUAUGUUGAAUAUGCUUUCGUGUAACCUGGCUUUAAGGCCUGCUGCACCUUGAAGAGAAUUUUCCGGGCAUUAGUAAUUCUCAUUUGAUCUAUUGCCGAAAAUUUACAUAAUUGCCAUCGUUAUGUAAUUUUUCUCUUUGGUUGCCCACUAAACACUACGUUUAUGAUAAGGCUAACUCAACCUACAAUGAUUGGAAGAAAAUAAGAAAAAAACUAACUGGAAUCGUAUUUUACCAUUACGUUGCAGAAAGAGCUGAGAGACGCCAUUUUCAAUCAGCACAGCAAUCUAAUCGCAUAUAUAAACUGUUCUCAGUAUAGUUCUAUUCACUACACCAUUAUCUCUUUGAAAACAAGUUUAAGCUAUACCAAAAAUUCGGUAUAAAAAUUUUGUUCAAAGGAAAGUCCAAUUUAGUUGAAAUCCGAGAUUCAACUUUUCUUCACCCGCAAACGUAGACUCUAGCGAUGCUACCUCGAGAAAGCCAGUGAAAUAUCUUUACAAGAAAUUUUUAACGCCCCCAAAACCCGAUAUUAACCCCCCCCAACCCCCCCCCCCCCCACGACCUGUUGGAGGCGAGCUCAAGACCUCAAAUGCAUUUGAUGGUCCCGUGGCUUGACUUACGAGAUAUCAGCUUUAUUGGUCCCAUGGCUUGGCUUGACUUGCGUCUGUUUCAACAGCUUUCCUAUUUCCUAUAGGAUAUACUCUCUGAAUGUCGGUCCUGUCUACGCUAUUUCUUGAUGUCCUUAGAUAGCUUAAUUAAACACUCAGUCAUCGAAUGUGGCAGUAUUAUUCUAGAACCACAUAAGAGAGUAUUGCUUGUCAAGUCUAUCGACUUUUACCCUCGGAUUGGCUGAAAAGGCUUCAUGCCAGUGACAUGCAAAUAACUCAUUGUUACUUUAAGUUUCAUGCUAGUGCCAGUGCUCAGGUGAACUGAAAGUAUUGUUCUCAUGAAAAAGACACGAGACAGGUAGACUUGGAGGAUUGUCUUUUUGCGUUGCAUCGGUAUUAGGGCAAUUACAAUCUAAUAUAAUUGCUUCUAGCAUUGCAGAGUUUACUUUAAGUUCACUAUUCUGUCGUUAAACGAUGUAGAAUCCUCUUUCAUUCCUUGUCUAAUAUUUCAUCGUCACUUGAUCUGUUCCCUAAAAUGUUUUAUACGACUAUGUUUGACAAUAAAUAUAUCUCGUGGCCUUUUAAUUGAAUUAUCUUGGUUACUCUCCCCAAUGUAAGGCAAGCCUUACCCAUCUAGUCAAGAGUUAUUAGGAUAAAUUAGUGAGAGCGUUUUCCUGUUGUAUGUUAUAAACAUUUUUUUAAUUGAAUGUUAUAUAUUAGGAAAAAAUUUGAACAUUCGUCUGGAAAAAAUAUUAAUCUUAUUGGGUAAAACGGUAAAGCAAUAUUUACAAUUAUUUGAAUUUGCAUUAAUAAACUACUUUAAUGUUUUUAUGCUUCUAUUAAAUAUCAAAAUUUUGUUUUC